CGCAGAGAGAGAUAAUAGGAGCACUUCUCCAAAUAAACGAAUUAAUUAUAGAACGAUGACCUCCUGUCACGACUCUUCGUCGAGUCUGGAUGAUCAAAAUGAUCGAGGCCGUUCGAUCGCGAAAGGAGGUGUUACAACACCGUAAGUUCGACAGAAGUCGAAACUCAGUCAUAUUUAGAGAUCAUUCGAUGUGACCAGGUUAUUUGACGUUUGAUUUUUUCGUUAAACUUGAUGUUUGACUUUGUUGUGUUUUGAUGAUGAAAAGAGAUCAGAAAGAAACGUUACAUAAUUAUUCGAUUCUCCUCUCAAUAAUUUCCUCAUCGCCACUUUCACAAUUCUCUUCUUCUUCAUUUGAAUUAAGAUUUCCGUGGAAACUUCACAUCAUGCUUGACACUAUGGACGAAACUGGAGAGAAGUCCAUAGUCUGUUGGCAGCCUCACGGAAGAGCAUUCAUGGUUCAUAAGCCAAAAGACUUCGUGCAAGAAGUCAUGCCUCACUUUUUCAAUCAAACGAAGUAUGCUUCUUUCCAACGGCAGCUCAAUCUUUACGGUUUCUCUCGAUUGACUCAUGGACCUGACAAAGGUGCAUACUACCACAAUUGCUUUGUUCGUGGGAAACGGCAUCUAUGCAAAGGUAUGAUCCGUCAGAAAAUUAAAGGGACUAAGGUGCG